AUGUCCACCGAUGAGCAACUGCGCGCCUUCGUCGCUCGCCAACGCCUGCUCUUGAGCAAGGAACGCAAUGCCGAGAUAGAGAGAUCCUCUCUUCUCUUAUCUAACUGUGGGCCGAAGUUGCUCGAGCAGAAAGGUCUUGCGCUGGGAGGCCUUGGCGUAGCCAAUGUCAACAUCGGGCUUGGAGGGAAGACCUUGGUAGAGCUUGAGCGUCCUGCGGCUUAUCACUCAACGCCGAUCUUUCCUCCGCAUACGUUCCGACCAGGUGAUCUGGCCCGUAUCGAGGAGAAUGUAACUGAAGGUGGCACCCGAAAGAAAUCUGCCGCUUCCAAAGGCAAGAAAGGCGACAACCCUAAUUUCGCAGAUCGCCGGCAGUCAGAAGGAGUUGUAUACAAGGUUUCCAAUACCCGCAUCGUCAUUGCGAUCGAUGCCUCCGAAUCUAGCGUAGAUGAACUCGACUUGCCUGAGCGCUGUCGGAUAGUAAAGCUUGCCAAUAGCGUAACGUUUGAUAGGAUGGACAAGGCUCUUGACCAAUUAGAGAAAGUAGUCCUGCCUGACUCAAAUGAUUCUUCAGCGGACAAGUUUACUCCUCAGCUUAAUGCCUUGAUUCGCGUACUCAUGGGAAUGACUGCCCCUUCCGAGCGCAUCCCCGUCAAGGACCUAUCAUUCUUCGAUCAUUCCCUAAACCAAAGUCAGCGUGAUGCAGUUCGCUUUGCACUCGAGUCCCCAGAAGUGGCAUGCAUCCACGGUCCUCCAGGAACGGGAAAGACGCAUACACUCAUCGAAGUAAUCCGCCAGCUAACCACGGUCACCUCAUCCAACCCAAAAGCGCUCCGUCUCCUCAUCUGUGGCGCGUCCAACCUUUCCGUGGACAACAUCCUUGAACGUCUGCUUGCUCUACCCGCCCCUUCGAAUGGCGCAAAGCUCAAAGUAACGCGAGUAGGCCAUCCAGCGCGCGUGAUGGCGCGCGAGAGCGUGCUAGAUGCGACGUUGGAGGUGAAGGCCAAUCGGAGCGAUCAGGCGGCACUGGCGAAGGAUGUGAAAAGCGAGUUGGAAGCGGCGUUGGAUGUGCUUUCGGGGAAGGGGAAGGGCUCAAAGGGGAAGGCUCCUAGAGGGGCGGAGCGGAAGAAAAUGUGGGAGGAAGUGAGGGCUCUGCGAAAAGAAUAUCGUCAGCGUGAGGGAGGUGUGGUAGAAAGCGUGCUGAGCGAAUCACAAGUCGUUCUCGCAACGUGCCAUUCUGCAGGCAACCGACAGCUCCAAAAGCAUCAUUUUGAUGUCGUCAUUAUCGACGAGGCGACUCAGGCUCUCGAAGCGGUAUGCUGGAUCCCAAUCUUCAAAGCGAAGAAGUUGAUUCUCGCCGGCGACCCGAUGCAGCUGCCGCCGACUGUCCUGUCGCUCGACAAGAGCAGGAAGGAGAAAAAGAAAGUGGCUUCGUCUAAGAAGUCUCCUGUCAGCACGCAGGGACCUAGCAAGAAAGGAAAGUUGGCUCAGUCUACCACGGCGAAGCAGAAAUCGGCAGAACCCCCGACCCCGGAGGAGCAGAAGCCACCAUCAUCCCCAUCGUCAGGAGAGCCGUCAGACAGUAGCGAGGAUGACACCUCCUCCUCAGAAAAAGAUGAUGCGGAAGACGCAAAGCAGCCAGAACAAUCGGCAGCCUCGUCUGGCUUAGAGAAGAAGAAACCGGCGAAGUCCAAGCCGCAGGGGCUUCGGCCUCCUCGCUCGCUGAAGACAACCCUUUUCGAGCGCCUGGAGAAGAUGUACGGUCCGGACAUCAAACGCAUGCUUACCGUGCAGUAUCGGAUGCAUGCGCAUAUCGCGGCGUUCCCAUCGAAGGUGAUGUACCACGGCAAGCUGGUGUCGCACGACUCCGUCGCGGCGCACCUGCUGUGCGAUCUACAACAUGUGAAGGCGGAGAACGAGGAGGAGGAGAAGGAAUUGCUUGGGACGCCGGUGGCGUUCUACGACACAGCGGGGUGCGAAUACUUUGAGAGGGUAGAGGGAGACGGGGAUGAGGGGAGUCGGUGUAACGAGAAUGAGGCGGCUGUGGUGAAACAUUACAUCGAUCAAUUGGUCGGCGCGGGUGUACUGCCUUCGGAGGUCGCAAUCAUCACACCUUAUCAAGCACAGGUUGCACUUCUCUCAUCCAUCCUGAGACCCAUCUAUGGUCUCGACCUCGAGAUCGGCACUGUAGAUGGGAUGCAGGGGCGAGAGAAGGAGGCGGUCAUCAUCAGCUUGGUUCGCAGCAAUGAGAAGCGCGAAGUCGGCUUUCUAAAGGACAAACGGCGACUAAAUGUCGCGAUGACACGUGCACGGCGGCAUCUGUGCGUCAUUGGUGACUCGUCCACGAUCCAACACGGAGGGCGCUUCCUCAAGAAGUGGAUGGCGUGGUUGGACGCGAACGUGGAUGUCCGAUACGGAGGGCUGGAGUAGGUCAUGAAUGGAAAAGGCACGCUACGCGUCUCGGUAGUGCAGGGGCUGGAUCUAGAUGAGGCCGAUUGUCUUUGCGUGGCGGGCAGCCGUACGAAACAUAUGUAUAUUGAUUGCGUGCUCUACAAACGUUACAUCUCGCCGUCUGCAGCCUGUCAUUGACGUUUCACCUAUGUAUAUACUGCCUGCCGUUUACAGCCUGCCAGGCGCAUUUAGUCGGCGGCUGCAGGAAUCGAAGCGACCCUUGGGUUG